CAGCUGAUUUGAUUUGGUGCCUGGACUGGACGUGUUUUACAUAAACUUACCAAGAAGUUUAGGUUCUACAAAUUGUGAUGCGGGGCCCCGGCCUAUGGCUGGUCGUGUGGCUGACCGCUGCUGUCUUUUCCUCGACCCGGGGCCAGACUUGUAAUGGGUCGAUGCUUCCUUGGAGUACUGCCGAUGGAACCGACCCUAUCAAGAUGGCGCGAGGAAACGUGACAGUGGUGGCGCUGCUGUUGGCCAGUUGACCAAUGUGUCAACAACAAGCAGAAGGCCUGGAAACGUUAAAAAAAGCAUUCCAUAACGGAGGGAUAGAAAACAUUUCAUUUUUCAUUGUUAACCAUGUUAAAGGAAAGAACUUCAUUGACGAACUGGAGAGACGGGUGUCUUUCCCUGUGUAUCAAGAUCAUCCCACCCUAAUGAUCCAACAGAAACUUAAUGGAGGGAUCGAUGAUCUAUUCAUAUAUGACAGAUGUGGUACACUUGUGUAUCAUUUGAGAAAACCAGACAGCCUCAUAACAGCAGGGGCCAUGCAGAGUAAGAUUUUGUCAGCAUACCUGGACAAUCUUUGUAACUGUAGUGUCAAUUCUAAGGCUAAAGUCUUAACAAAAGUACAGACAACUGAACAAAGAAGGAAUGAACAGAGGACCUCUCUUACCUCUGUCAUUCGUCGACGCAGGCAUGCAGUUAGCAAUAGAGGUUCAUCUCUCAUAUCAAUGAACAGCGUUGCCUCUCGCGGUGGUCGUGUUCCAAAAUGAACAACACACAGGUGAACAGCGAUGCGUCGCAACCGUGCCUUACGAAAUUUAUUGGUACGAAGGUUAUGAAAAUUUAUCAAGAAGUAUCGGUCUAGUUAUGAGCCCCAACACUCUUGUAUAUGUCCUCAUCCAUCUUCUGCUCUAAAAGAAGAGUGUGCUUGAUACAGUUAUGGUAGUUCUGAUGCAAUUAGCUUCUGAUCUUGUCAAGAACGCACUUUCACUGUUUACAGUGAGUGUCUCUGUUACAAUUGUCCGGCAUUCCGUAGACGUCACCGACAUCAGUUCCUGGCCGACAAUACCAACUGAGAACUGCUGUCGAGCUGACAUUGUAACCAAGAGAACGGACUGUCAUCCACAGACUGCUCUUGACAACAUCAGCUUACUGCAUUAGAACGAUCACCAAGGUGACACUGUCACCUUGAAGCAGACGAUUCUUUGGAAGACUGUCAGUGACAGGGGUCUAGAGGAUCCUGAUCCUGACAGGAAGAGGGUGCCAAUAUUCAGUGACAGUGACCGUCAGAGGGCGCUUCCUGUCUCUGACAGAGUGGAUCACCCACUUGACAAUGACAUCAACUACCAUCAAACAACAUCUCCUGACAGUGACAAAAUAACCCAGGGGAUAUAGGCUCGCAGACCUGACAGUGACAUCAUGGGGAAGGUGAUUGCCUCUGACAAUGCCAGCAGUCAUCCCUGGGCGAUGUCACCUGACAGUGACCCAUGGGAAAUACAGUUGAUGCAUAUGUCAGUUGUACCAAUCCCAAUGCGUUGACUGGACGGUGACAGUGACCAAUGCAGACUAGUGUAACACGUAACUGACAAUGACAAAGUGGUCGAUCGAAUGAAAAUUCCUGAUCGUGACAACAUAGUGCAGGAUCUUGACAGUGACAACAACUAGACAAUCAAAACCUUUCCUGACAGUGUUUAGACCAACAAGAGACAGAAGCCUGAUCUUGACAGUCCCCCAUAGACACCACUGACAAUUCUGACUGACAAUGAUAUUCAAUCAGCGGGGCUUGACAAUGACAAACCCAGACAUCUAGCGGAAUUGUCUGACAAGAGAGAGAUGGUCGAUCUUGACAAUGACACCCUAUGUGACAAUGACAGACCAAUUCCUGACAAUGUCGAACAGGAACAUCUAAUAGGGCGCCCUGCCUCUGACAGCGCCAGACUUGACAGUGACAGUAUUAGAUAUCUUUUCUUGGUUGCUUUGUAUUGGAGGUUAUGUUGAUGUUGUAGUUUUUGUAAAUCUGCAAAAAGACUAUCGCCAUUUGUACUAAUACCCCCGAACGAGAAUUAACAUAUGUAUUGUAUGUUGUAUAAUUCAUCUUUCUUUAAUCAGCGUCAUCAAAAUGAUAUGCAUUGAAUCCUGUUUCGUCCUCUAUAAAUGACAAUUUCCAGAUAAAACCCAAAAGGUCUCUGUAGGUUUGAUAAAAUCAGAGGAACGACGUGAUUCGAGCUACUUUUGAAAACACUGAAUAAAGGGCUGUGUUAUACAACUCAGAAGUAAACUUUUCAUAUAAAUGUAUUUGAUAAAGUAGCAUUCCAAAGUAUUUAUCAUAUAUUUUAAAUUUUCUGUUAUUGUUUUCUGAUGAAAGUGUAUCACAAUUUGGGUAAACAUCUUCGGUUAAAAAAAAAAACAACAAAACAAACAAAAUUCAAAACAUCUAUGUAUAAAGUAUUCUUAAUGUAAAACUCUGAGAAUAUGAAACUGCUGUACAUUUUUAAGUAUUAAAAUAUUUUUGGUCAAAAAUUAAAAAGAUAACUUGCUUAAUGUACUUGAUAUUGAUAUGCUUAUAUUUAAAAAUAUAUAUCAUUUGAGAAAAAAGUGUAUGUUAUAAACUGAAUGCGAAGGUGAAUGAGGUGAAAUUCUAUUUGUGUGAAACAUGCUUUGUUUGUCUAUGAAGGGUCACUCUGAAACUUUAAAGAGAGGAGUGGGCUAGAAUUUUAGAGAUUUAUAGCAUAUUCCACACUGAUAUUUUUCCAGAGAGACAGUUUAUCAUUUUUCUCCAUUAUAAGAUUGUUAACGUUGAAAAAUAAAGCAAAAAACUGGA